UUCGGGAAGCCUGUUUUGUCAUUCUGGAUGUUCUGUCCGGGAUGUGUGACAGGAGGGGAAAUCCGAGCCAGUGGACGGGGGGGGGGGCUGUUAUGGGAAUCCGCCCCUUCUUAGGAGAAAAGGCUUCCUGAGAUCAGCUGUGAGCCAGGAAGUGAGGGGAAGGCCAGCGGUUGAGACAAAACCACAGAAGAACCUCCUGAAGAGAGACGUGGUCGGUAACCAGCCCAGACUCGGAAGGCAAAAUCUUUGCUACUGGAUUCGAAGCUGCACAAGCCCUGAAGGAAGAUGCAGCGGAUAAUACUGACAAUCACAUUUCUCCUCUCACCCGGUUUCCCUUCCCAAGAGGACAUUGUUUGGUUCAACGGCUCAAGAGGAGUUCCACUGGACCAGCAGUACGCCAGCCUUGGGGCGCCUGAAGUCCUCUUGCAUUGCCCCGUCCCUGAAGGCAAUUCUACGGUGGGAUGGAAAAUGAGCAGCACGUUCCGUGGGAUUUUGAAGGCAGUGAGAAGAGAUGGCAGCCUUGUUUUGCAGAACGCCAGCCUGGCUCAGAAUGGGGAAUACAGUUGCCAUGAUCUCGCCACUGGGCGGUUGCUGCGGAGAAUUCAUCUGAAGCUGGGCUACCCACCUGAUAAGCCUUUAGUAUGGUGCUGGUCCACCACCUACCCAGCCAUCAAUUGCUCCUGGAGGUUGGAGACAAAGACACACCUGCCUACUUAUUUUUCCUCCACGUACAGGCUUGGCAUGGGAGGAGAAGUAAAGGAGUGUGUCCAAGCUACCACAGUGGCCAACAGCUGCUCCAUCGACAAUGUCCAGAUGUUCUCCAUCAAUCCCUAUGUGCUGAAUGUAACAGCGGUGAACCCCCUGGGGGCAGCGACGACCCACUACUACUUCUUCCAGAAUGAGAUCCUCAAGCCUGACCCUCCAGAAGACUUGACCGUCUCCCAGAUCCCGGGCCAGAGGAAGAAGAUACUUUUGGUGUGGAAGCCCCCCAGCUCCUGGAAAUUCCCAGAAUACUUCCCCCUCAAAUACUUGAUCCGUUACUCAAGGGAUGGAACCAACACCAGCAAAAUGACAAGGCCCACCGAGCAGAUAUCCUUUGUGUUGACUGGGAUCCGCCCUGGGGUGACGUACCAUGCCCAGGUGGCAGCGAAGGACUUCCUUGAUCACGGCCAGUACAGUGCCUGGAGUCCGGCAGCAUCAGGGGCAGCCUGGAUGCCAGAGUGAUGCGCUUGAAGAGCUCUGGAGUUCCUGUGGCUUUCGGAUGUGCCCCCACUUCCCAGGGAUGGCCAAGAGUUCUUCAUCACCUUUUGCAAUUCUGGAGUUCACACAGAGCCUGAAGUCUAAUUUCUAUUUGCAUGGGGAAAUUUCAGCUCCUUUUCCUCCUUUUCCUUUACUGGGAACUAAUUUGACUCCCCUUUUUCUUCUAUACAUGUGAUAAAUGUAUACUCUCAUUGCACUCUCAGUUGUUUCCCGGUUUCCCCUCCCCUCUGUAUUUUCAGUUUAUUUUUCUAUUUGCAUUUCUUACAUUCAUUAUUCUCACUGCAUUUGACAUGUGCUUAUGCCAAUAAACAUUCUGUAUAAAAAAUGACAACAACAACAGUUUCUUGUUGAAAAAGAAAAAACCUAGUUUCUUUCACACACCCUCCCCAAAAGAUCAUAGACCACCAAUCCAGAAGUUUCUGACAAGGGCUUUUUGAGAAAGCACUAUCUAUAUCACACUGCAACCAAUGGCAGUAUUCAAAUUUAUCUUAAUAGGAAUUAAUAACAUCUCAUUACU